CUGUUUUAUGCUGAACAUUUCUUCAAAUCAGUUUCAAAACUAAGUUUGGAUCGAAAUUGGUUUGUUUAGGAACCUAUUCCAAAUAUUUUAAAGUACAGUUUGUAAUCAUUAUCGUCGAUUCAAAAGUGACAUUUUCGGUACGAAACAGUCGAAGUUCUGUAUUUGUUUUGAAUAAUUAACUUCUCUGUGCAUCGUUUCUUUGCACUCUUAGUUUUCCACAGCAAAUUUAUCUUUUAACAAAGUUUACGGAACUAGAUAAAGAAGAAAGAAGAGAAAAUGAAUUUGAAAAGUUUUCUCAUUUAUUUCGUGAUAUUUGCGCUGAUUUCAAUACAAGUUGAAUUAAAUGAAAAUGUCCAUUUGGGGAACAAUGGAAGUGAAGAAAAUGAAUCUGACAUAGAAUCUCAUACGAACAGUGGUGUUCUUUCAAACGAUUAUGACAAAUAUGGGAAAUUCGUAGUUUGUUCGUUUCAAUCACCAAUCGAUCUCAGGAUGAACGAUGUGAAAAUAGCAAAACAUUUGGUACCAUUGCGAUUUUUCGGUCAUUGGAAUCGAGAGGGAGAGGCUUACAUUGAAAAUACCGGAAAAUCAGCAGAAAUAAAAUUUGAAGGUCGCGACAAACAACCAUACAUCUUAACCGGUGGUCUUUUCGAUCAUGGUGGUCGUUACAUUUUUGAACAAAUUCAUUUUCAUUGGGGUGAAAAUAAUGAGAUGGGUUCAGAGCAUAAAAUCGAUGGAAAAUCGUAUUCAAUGGAAGGACAUUUGGUUCAUUACAACUCGAAAUAUAGCAAUUUUAAUGAGGCGUCGAAGGAAAAAGACGGUUUGGUUGUAGUUACUUUCUUCUUUGAUGCUACUGGAAAUAAAACGAAUCCCGAAUUUGCAAAAAUAAGCAAUUUUCUUGGAAAAAUUACUGAAGUUCAUUCCAAAUUUUCCAUUAGCUCCGACAGUUUAAAAUGGAUGGAAUCUCAAGAUUUGGAUGAAAAUUAUUUCACAUAUCGCGGAUCAUUGACAACGCCACCAUAUUAUGAAUCGGUCACCUGGAUCAUCUAUCGCCAACCAAUUAAAGUGUCUACAGAUCAGAUUGAAGCUUUCCGCAGUCUCAAAUCAGUGGAUAGUUCACUAAUUGAAAAUAACAUUCGUCCCAUACAAAUACCACGCAAACAACCGAAGAUUACUUUCAUAAUCUAAAAUGACAAUCAAACAAUUGAAUAACUGUUUAUUCAUCAAAAAUUAAUUAUUUUCAAUAAAAAACGUUAUUUUUUGACAAUUUCACUGAUAAAA